AUGUCCAAACCGACAAAGGCACAGGACCCCAGCUCGUCCAAGAAACACAAGAGCAGGGUAUCCAGUAUAGAUGCUUCUACAGUUAAAAACACACAGGCGGACACUCAAGAUAACAGCAACAUGAAAACAGCUGCGGCGAAACCAAAGAUAGCACUUCAUCCUUUGGAGCAGCUGCUGGGGACUUCAGUCAAAAAUGCAAGUGGACUAACGGUCAAUCCCAAAUCGUUUGCUGUGGAAAACGGUGUCCUAGGCCUCUACUUUGCUGCCAACUGGUGCCCCCCGUGUCGGACACUGACGCCAAAGUUAGCGCUGCUCUACGAUGAACUCAAGACCAGUGACCGGAAGUUUGAAGUUGUCUUCAUCAGUUUUGACUACAGCCAGGAGUCCUUCACUCAGUACUUCUCCAAGAUGCCGUGGUACGCGCUCGAUUAUUCAGAACUUGACAAACGGGUGGAAGUCGCUGAACACUUUGAUAUCAAGGGAAUCCCAGUGCUGAUAGUUAUAGAUGCAAACUCUUGUGAGGUUAUCACACUUAAUGGUCGAGAAAUGAUAGCCUUAGAUCCCAAAGGAUCAUUGUUUCCGUGGAAACUCGAGGAAGCAGAGGCCGCUCUAGACACACUCAUUUUACAAGAGGCACCUGCCUCACCUGCAAAUUCGACGACAGAAGUGAAUGACAGUAAACCACCUGAGACAGGUAAUAAACCACCUGAGACAGGUAAUAAACCACCUGAGACAGGUAAUAAACCAUCUGAGACAGGUAAUAAACCACCUGACGCAGGAAAUAAACCACCCGAGGAAGCUGAUAAAUCACCUGAGGAGAUCCCCACUGCAGUAGGGGACAGUAACACAGAAUAA